GUGCGUCCAAACGGCUGCACCAAGCAGUGCUGACUUCUGAAUUUUAUUUCGGAGCAACAUCGUUUCAUCUAGUCUGGAUAUCACUCGCUAACUUCGAAGGACUUUUCCUGAGUAAUUUUCCCCCACGAAGUUGAUUUUCUGAGGACGUAUUACAUUGACAUCUCAUCAGCCUAAGAGAUAACGGGCAGCACCUGACCUGAAAGAGAUUCCUGGAUCUCUAAAUCCACCGUUAAUUCCACCGUUAAGUGGCCUCGUUGCCGUUCCUUAGGCAUUCGGGACAUGGCCGCCUUAGCAGGGGGCAUUCCCAGGAUGGUGCGCCCCACGCCACCCCAAAACUAUCCGAGAGGGGGCUAUUCGCUCGAAGUUUCCACACCUUUAGGCCAGGGCCGAGUAAACCAGCUCGGCGGUGUGUUCAUUAACGGACGCCCGUUGCCCAACCACAUUCGCCAUAAGAUCGUAGAAAUGGCGCAUCACGGGAUCCGGCCGUGCGUCAUCUCGCGCCAGCUGCGAGUCUCACACGGCUGCGUGUCUAAAAUCCUGUGCAGGUACCAGGAGACAGGAUCCAUCCGGCCUGGCGCUAUCGGAGGUAGCAAGCCGAAGCAGAACACGAGUCCCGACGUGGAUAAGAAAAUAGAAGAAUACAAGAGAGACAACCCGGGAAUGUUCAGUUGGGAGAUACGAGACAAGCUGCUGAAAGACGGCAUCUGUGACAGAAACAAUGUGCCCUCAGUCAGCUCGAUCAGCCGCAUCCUGCGCUGUAAGUUUGGCGGAAAUGGAGAGGAUGAGGAAGAUGAUGAUGAAGUUGAGAAGAGGGAGCUUGAAGAAAACGAAAGACGUGCAAAACACAGCAUCGAUGGAAUUCUGGGAGACAGAUCGAGUCACUCGGAUGAGGGUUCAGAUGUAGACUCAGAGCCAGGUCUGCCCCUGAAGAGAAAACAACGUCGCAGUCGCACGACAUUCACUGCCGAGCAGCUUGAAGAGCUGGAGAGAGCUUUUGAGCGCACACAUUACCCCGACAUCUACACACGCGAGGAGCUUGCCCAAAGAGCCAAACUUACUGAGGCCAGAGUACAGGUGUGGUUUAGCAACAGACGGGCUCGCUGGAGGAAGCAGGCAGGAGCCAAUCAGUUGAUGGCAUUCAAUCACCUGAUUCCUGGAGGAUUCCCGCCAUCAGCCAUGUCAAGUCUACAGCCUUACCAGCUUCCAGAAAGUCCUUACUCUGCUUCCUCCAUCCCACAAGCAAUGUCAGAACAGGCUAGCACAGUGCACAGGCCCCAGCCUCUUCCACCGACUUCGGUGCACCAGAGCAGUCUGGCCACUGCUCCAGGAGCCCAGGAUGCUACUUCAGCAUACUGCCUCUCUUCAGGCCGUCACAGCUUCUCAGGCUACUCAGACGGCUUUGUGCCUGCACCAGGCCAUUCUAACCCAGUCAACCCCGCUAUCAGUAAUGGCCUCUCAACACAGGUGAUGGGACUUUUGAACCCAGGAGGCGUGCCUCACCAGCCGCAGGGAGACUUCUCUCUCUCCCCUCUCACUGGUCCUCUGGAGCCCAGUGCGGGCAUGGCUGCCAGCUGCCACUCAUCACAGAGACUGGAGUCUCUGUCCGGACUGGCCAGUAUGCCUUCUUUGCCCAGCUCACAGUCUUACUGCCCACCCAGCUACAGCUCGCCAGCCUACAGCGUCGACCACAUGGCACCAUACCAAUACAGCCAGUAUGGGCAAAGUAAGGUGCCUUUCAUUAUCUGAAGCCCAACAUCAGCUGAGCAGGAAGAAGUGAACAAGAGAAAAGAGGGAAAGUUCCGGACGCUCUGAGAGAAACCACCUGCUCUUCAGCUCUACUCCUGAACUCUGACCUCCACUUCCAGAUCCAUGCCUACCCACAACCCCCUCAGCAUCAGGACAGUUCUGAUCCAGCCACACCACCCAUCCAUGCUGAGUUGGUUCUCAAUCUGUGUGAUUCAGGUUCAGUGUGGAUAAUAAGGACCAAAGGCCUGCUGUGGUUAGCACUCCAUUCUAUGCCUUCAAAUGUCUCCCAACACAAACCUUACUCAACCAUUCCCAAAGAACGCCACAUUCACAAGCUGUGAGGGAGACUGGGAGGUGGACAAGGAAUUAAAAAAUUGAUUGCUAAAAAAAUUAAAGACUGCUAAAGACUGGAUAUUUAACCUGAAAUAACCAGCAGGGAAAUAUGUAAGGUCAGGCAGUAAUGAAAUGCCUUAAUCUUUUAGGCAAAAGUGGUAACUUCACAUUACUCUAUCAUGAGAGCUUGUUGUUUGACUCGUGAUGUGUUUGGGGGAAAUAAGGGCUCCUUUUUUUGUGUGGGGUGUGUGUAUCAUCUUCUAUCAACUUCACUACAUUAUACACAAAUGUGUGUUAGUGUGUGUGUGUGUGUGAGAGAGAGAGAGAGAGAGAGAGAGAAAGAGAGAGAGAGAGAGACAGUUAGAGAACAAGUGAUCUGGCUCCUAUGUCCUCAAGUGUCUGAUAGAUUUUCAUGUCAGACAUAUCAGUGAACGAAAGAUGUGUCAUACUCGCCUAUACCGUUACAUUACGCCUAUACAAUUACUAUACAAUUACACCUAUACAAUUAAAAGUAGACAGUGACACCUAAAAGCAACUAAAAUUCCAUUUUGUGAAGACAUAUUAAAUAUUUGCCAUAGGAGAAAGGAGGGGAGAGAAGGAUAUAGUGUAUGAGAGAAAGUAAAGACUAAAGUAGCACAAACUGAAAUCCAAAGAAAGUGCAAUAUACACAAUUUAUACCUCAUACACCAGUCUCUUGAUUUAGUAAUUUACAUGUAGCUUGUGAAAGAGCAAUAGGGAGAAUUUCCUAACAAACAUUAUGAAAACUACAAAAAAUAGCACUCAGAAACAGUAGUUGUGGACCUUGAAUUGGAAAAAAUGUCUUUCCAAUCAACAGGACUCAGGUCUGCUAAAUCUUACUCUCCUAACACUUUUCAGACUACACAACCUGCCACAGUGUUCUGUUACGUCUUUUAAAUUAUCACCGUAUUCCUGCCAAUAUUAAGAUAUUUUAAUCUUAAAAAGUUAGGAAUAAUAAAAUUGAGGCUAAGUAAAUUGUGGCAUAAAAGAGACUUUAUUUAAAAUGGGGACAGGCUGUAUAAUCCCAACUGAUAAGCAAAAGGCAGAAAAAGGUGUGUAUUGCUGCUUUAACAAAUUAUAAACCAUCUUAUAUUUUAGAUUACUUAAUUGGCAUAAAGGAAACAUGACAAGACAAUUAAUUUUCUGUCUUACCUCACACAUACAAAUAUACAUUUUCCCAUUUCUUAGAUGACCCAUCUUGAUUGUCAAAGUGAGAAAAAGUACUUUGUGCCUAUAACACAACGCCACCUGUUUUUAAGUCUUAAAUUCCAUGCCGAAGGUUAUUUUUUACAUCUGCUUUUUAUACUUAUAUGAUUUUUUUUCUUUAUGACUGCAUUCAAUUGUUGUUGCAAAAUGU